UCCCAUGAUUCGUGUACGGUUAUAACUACCCAGCUCCUAAUUAACUAACAUUUGGGUUAAUUAAUGAUAGCGAAUUAGAUGAACGAAAAGAGGCGGAAUGUAUAAAUAAUGAGACAACUCAUAAUAAAUCAACCGUAAGCGCAAGUGUGUAAGUUACCAAGGGAAACGACCAUUACAUUAACGAUAAAAGCUGGCUGGCUCUACCGUUAUUAAUUAAUUAAUUUCUCAUUAAGUGUGUAAAAUAUAAAUAAAAUCAAGUUAAAGACGAAAAAGGUAGUUUAGCACUUUCUAAAUCCACUGGUCAAAAUAAAAGAAUCACACAGCAUAUAUGCUUGCUAAUUCAAUUGCUCUAUGAAUGUGAAAAGCGUUCUAGUUGCCAAACGCAGCAUAGGGGCUUCCAACCAUAAAAACAAACUACUAACUAAGAAUAAUAUAUUAUUAUUAUAGGACUGUCAAAAUCACAACAAUUAAGGGCUCAUUAAACAAAUAAGUCACAAAUUAAGGGAUACGACAAACCAUGAGACUACCUACCCCUACUCAACACUCACACCCAUCACUUAGAAAAAUAAUCAUAGAAACAAAAUAACAAUUUGUAAUGAAAAAAAUAAAUAAAAGAGAAUGAUUUGCUAUUGUUUAAUGUUUAUAUUAGCUAGAGACUAGAAAACAAGGUUGUUAGCUCAGGGUCGACCCAGACCCGAUGGGAAAAAACCCAUAUUUGAAAAAUCCUAUUGUAUCGGUCGGUCGGACCGGAAAUACCGGAUACCUGAUUCAAGAUGGUAAGCGAUUUUGACGGUAGGAAAUAGUAGAACUCCGAUUAAACAACCGUUUUGGUAUAAAGUAACCUAUCACUGAUUUUUUGCUGUAUAACCUCCGGUACAGUUUCACUAUCCUUGAUAAAAGCAGGCGUCGCACACUCGUUUCAGUCUUCGUCUGGAUUCAUCAAAAACCCGCUUUAUUCCGGUAAAAAAAUUCGACAAAAUCGGCUACAAUCCAGUCAAAACUAGGAAAACUCGAUCAACGAACAUUCAUUCAAGAAAAAAGCCAUUUUCCUUCGAUUUCACAGGUACAAAUCCCACGCCGCCAGCAACCCACCACUUCAUAUCAAACUCACCCGUCACAAAUGAUGGGUUACAAUUCUUCUAAUUACUAAAAUUUUAUCUAGGUUCCUAUGUCGUUCCAGUUCAUUCAAUGUGCCCAUCGUGAACUUAUAUUGCAGAUUUAAGUGUCUUUGAAUUUUUAUUAUAUGUUGGUUUCAACUACGAAUUAUUAUUUUGGUGUUAUAUUUGUAUGUUAUUACUCAUAUGUUAGAUGAGAUAUAUUAUAAAUUAUAUAUGUAUGACAGUAUAAUAACUUUUUCAUAUAUUUGUAUCAAACCAAUCGGAUCAUUAACCAUUAACCCACUCGCUCGAACCAACGGGUUAAAUCGGGUUGAAAACCAGAGAGUGAGCACUCGGGCUGGGAGACUGCUACAAGCUAAUUAAGUAUCGAGUGAGCGAGUGCGUUCUUCUUUCAAAAGCUUGAUUCCAAUAUUUGGUUUCAUCACAUUUCAAAUCCCACGGAAUUCCUUCUUUUUAAAAAAAAAAUCAAAGGCUCCUUUUCCUUCUCCUUUAAAUCCCUCCCUCUGUCUCAGAGACAGACAGAGUCCAUCCAUCGAACGUUGAGCACCUUCUCAAUCUUUCAAAAUUUUUUUGAUUCUUCAUAUUCCUUGUCGCUGAGGCAUUUUAACAAACACUUUGCCGGCGCCACUUCCGAUCAAAUUAACAUGUCUCCUCCUCCUCCUCCUCCUCCUCCAGCUAUUGCCGCUGCGACCGAGCCCUUGGUUUUCGACGCCUCUGUUCUCCAGGAGCAGUCCAACAUUCCGCCGCAGUUCGUCUGGCCACACGCGGACAGGCCCCGGCCGGGAUCGUCGCCGGAGCUCGCCAUCCCGCCCGUCGACCUUGGAAGCUUCGCGUCCGGCGAUCCCUCCGCCGUCUCCGACGCCGCCGCCGUCGUGAACGGGGCAUGCAGGAAGCACGGGUUCUUCCUCGUCGUCAACCACGGCAUCGACCCGAAGCUGGUGUCGGAGGCACACCGGUGCAUGGACCAGUUCUUCGGGAUGCGGCUGCCGGAGAAGCAGAGAGCUCAGAGGAAAGCAGGGGAGUCGUGCGGCUACGCCAGCAGCUUCACCGGCCGAUUCUCCUCCAAGCUCCCCUGGAAGGAAACGCUGUCGUUUCGGUCCCCGGGCGGCGGAAACAACACGGUUCGCGAUUACGUCUUGAAUCAAAUUGGCCAAGACUUCACGCACUUCGGGGAGGUGUACCAGCAAUAUUGCGAGGCGAUGAGCAAUUUGUCGCUAAGGAUAAUGGAGUUGCUCGGGGUGAGCCUAGGAGUAGGAAGGGAGCACUAUAGGGAUUUUUUUGAAGGGAAUGAGUCGAUAAUGAGAUUAAACUACUACCCACCUUGCCAAAAGCCUGACAUGGCACUAGGGACCGGACCACAUUGCGACCCUACUUCCCUCACGAUCCUACAUCAAGAUCAAGUCGGCGGCCUCGAGGUCUUCGUCGACUCCAAAUGGCACUCCGUCGCCCCUCUUCCCGACGCAUUCGUGGUCAACAUCGGCGACACCUUCAUGGCACUAUCGAACGGAGUGUACCGAAGUUGCCUGCACAGGGCGGUGUUGAAUAAGUACACGGUGAGGAAGUCGCUAGCUUUCUUCUUGUGUCCGAACGGAGACAGAGUGGUGAAACCACCAGAGUCAUUAUUGUCGACGGUGAAUGGGAGCGGCGAUGACGACGAUCAUCGUAGUGGUAAUUCAGAGAGGGCUUACCCUGAUUUCACCUGGCCAACUUUUUUGGAGUUCACUCAGAAAAACUACAGAGCGGACAUGAACACCUUGGAUGCCUUCACGAAUUGGCUUCAGACAAGAGAUACAACAAAAUAAAUUAGCUAAGCUAGGAAACGACAUUUAUUUUCCCCUGUUUUUUUUUUUUGUUGUUGUUAUUGUUUGCGGGAGGAGGGUUUUGUUUUGUUUUUUCGAUUUUUGAAGAGGUCAAGAAGUACUGUGCCUAUCAGCUAGAUUAGCUGGGGGAAAAAAGAUUAAUGAUGAAUAAUAUUGGGUUUAUUAUUGAUAAGAUUAGAUUAGAGCAAUUGGGAAGAAGGGUACAGUGGAUCCUACGUACUCAUCAUAAAAGGGAUACGAUUUUGGUUAUUAAUCAACAAAUAUAGGGGGAUUUUGAAGUGGGUUUCAAUUAGAUUAGAUAAGAUUAUGUAACGCUGGUUACAAUUAUUGGUACCAAAAUUCUAAUUAGAUUCAGUAGGUGGCCGUGGUAAUGUCUCAAAUCAAUAGUACAGCUCUCAAAAUCCCAUAUAUAGGCACCCUUAUUAAUAAAAUAUCAAACAAAUU